CUAAACGGUUUUUAUGAAUACACGCGUAAUUGAUGUAACGUGUAACAAGAAAAACUGAAAUGUCCAAUGAACGACUCGGUCGGGAAAAUUUACGUAAUUAUGUGGUAAGAAAUUGUAGGUAAAUAUCAAAUUCUGAAGCUUAAUUUUGUAGCUCAU